GCCAGGCCGCGUCCGCCAUAGUGCCUGGCUUGGAGGUGUCGCCUGCGCCUGGUGAGGGCCGAGAGCGGCAGGGGGGGCAGAACAAAAAGGGAGCCGGCGAAGCCCUUGCCGUCGCCCGGCGGUUUCCGGGCGUAUUCUCGCGGUUCUGGGCCGAAAGGCGACGGGAGCGAGAAGCGAGAGAAGCGCGGAGCACACGGCGAGAGGAAGCGUCAGGGAGCCUCGGCGGCGGCGCCAGGGUCCGCCAAGCCCCCCGGCCGCUGGCUGGGGCCCGGGGUGGUGAGGAAGCGCCUCGAGGCCUAGUUGAGGCCUACACCGGCUUUGUGUCUGAGGCGGCGGCGGCGGCGGCGGCGGCGGGGGGGAGGCGGAGCCGGAGCCGGGGGCGGCCUGCGGGAAGGCCUCUCCUCCGCCGACCGCGCGUUUUCGGCCUAGGCCGCGGGGCCGCGCGGGGCCUCCGGGGAGCAGGCGACAGGGGUUUGUGUGUGGCGGGGGCCUGGGCCUGGGGAAGCCGCCGCCCGUCGUCCGGAAGCCAGGAGGAGGCGAGAGGCCGCUCGUGGACUCCGGGCCUGACCCUCUCCCCUCGGCCUCCUCCCGGGGCCUGGGUCACCCCCAUCCACGGAAAGAGAGACCAGCCGGGAGGUGCGGCCGCGCUAUGGACCCCUGACCCCGCGGGGUCAUUUGGACUCUAACGUGUGGACUGACCGCUCACUGACUGCACCGCCUGCCCCCCGUCUCCUGCCGGCCCUUAGCAUGAGCGAGGGGGACCCAGCCGGGUGACAUUGUGCCCGUUGGCGGAUUCUCGAUUUCCUCUUCCCGGUCCUCGUCCACCUCCUCCCACAUGAAGUGAUCCUGAGUCUCGGGGGGGUUCUGGAUUGCUGUUUUUACGAAGCCCUGCUUGUGGUUGGGGGGGUAUUUAAUCUGAGGCCUUAGGGUCCUUCGGUGUCUUUGAGUGUUUUGUGUGUGUACAUAUUUUGCUCUUAAGUUUAUAAAUAUACAUAUAUUGAGAGUGUCCACGUCUCCUCGCUGAACCUUAGGAAUCCUUUGGCACCAUGUCCUGUGUGCAUUAUAAGUUUUCCUCUAAACUCAACUAUGAUACCGUCACCUUUGAUGGGCUCCACAUCUCCCUCUGCGACUUAAAGAAGCAGAUUAUGGGGAGAGAGAAGCUGAAAGCUGCCGACUGCGACCUGCAGAUCACCAACGCGCAGACGAAAGAAGAAUAUACUGAUGAUAAUGCUCUAAUUCCUAAGAAUUCAUCUGUAAUUGUUAGAAGAAUUCCUAUUGGAGGUGUCAAAUCUACAAGCAAGACAUACGUUAUAAGUCGAACUGAACCAGUGAUGGGAACUUCAAAAGCAAUUGAUGACUCUUCUGCAUCUAUUUCUCUGGCCCAGCUUACAAAGACUGCCAAUCUGGCUGAAGCCAAUGCUUCUGAAGAAGAUAAAAUUAAAGCAAUGAUGUCGCAAUCUGGCCAUGAAUACGACCCAAUCAAUUACAUGAAGAAACCUCUAGGUCCACCACCUCCAUCUUAUACCUGUUUUCGUUGUGGUAAACCUGGCCAUUAUAUUAAGAAUUGCCCAACAAAUGGGGAUAAGAACUUUGAAUCUGGUCCUAGGAUUAAAAAGAGCACUGGAAUUCCCAGAAGUUUUAUGAUGGAAGUGAAAGAUCCUAACAUGAAAGGUGCAAUGCUUACCAACACUGGAAAAUAUGCAAUACCAACUAUAGAUGCAGAAGCAUAUGCAAUUGGGAAGAAAGAAAAACCACCUUUCUUACCAGAGGAACCAUCUUCUUCUUCAGAAGAAGAUGAUCCUAUCCCAGAUGAAUUGUUGUGUCUCAUCUGCAAAGAUAUUAUGACUGAUGCUGUUGUCAUUCCCUGCUGUGGAAACAGUUAUUGUGAUGAAUGUAUAAGAACAGCGCUCCUGGAAUCAGAUGAACAUACAUGUCCAACAUGUCAUCAAAAUGAUGUCUCUCCUGAUGCUUUAAUUGCUAAUAAAUUCUUACGACAGGCUGUUAAUAAUUUCAAAAAUGAAACUGGUUAUACAAAAAGACUACGAAAACAGUUACCCCCACCGCCACCCCCAAUACCACCUCCGAGACCACUCAUUCAGCGGAACCUACAACCUCUGAUGAGAUCUCCAAUAUCAAGACAACAAGAUCCUUUGAUGAUUCCAGUAACAUCUUCAUCAACUCACCCAGCUCCUUCUUUAUCUUCAUUAACUUCUAGUCAGUCUUCCUUGGCCCCUCCUGUGCCUGGAAAUCCAUCUUCUGCCCCAGCUCCUGUACCUGAUAUAACUGCAACGGUCUCCAUAUCAGUCCAUUCAGAAAAAUCGGAUGUACCUUUCCGGGAUUCUGAUAAUAAAUUAUUGCCAGCUGCAGCCCUUGCAUCAGAUCAUUCAAAGGGAACCUCUUCAAUUGCAAUUACUGCUCUUAUGGAAGAGAAAGGUUACCAGGUGCCUGUACUUGGAACCCCCUCUUUGCUCGGACAGUCAUUAUUGCAUGGACAGUUGAUCCCCACAACUGGUCCAGUAAGAAUAAAUACUGCUCGUCCAGGUGGUGGUCGACCAGGUUGGGAACAUUCUAACAAGCUUGGAUAUCUGGUUUCUCCACCACAGCAAAUUAGAAGAGGGGAGAGGAGCUGCUACAGAAGUAUAAACCGUGGACGGCAUCACAGCGAAAGAUCACAGAGAACUCAAGGCCCGUCACUACCAGCAACUCCAGUUUUUGUACCUGUCCCACCCCCUCCUUUGUAUCCACCUCCUCCCCAUACACUUCCUCUCCCUCCAGGUGUUCCUCCACCACAGUUUUCUCCUCAGUUUCCUCCUGGCCAGCCACCACCUGCUGGGUAUAGUGUCCCUCCUCCAGGGUUUCCUCCAGCUCCGGCCAAUUUGUCAACACCUUGGGUAUCAUCAGGAGUGCAGACAGCUCAUUCAAAUACCAUCCCAACAACACAAGCACCACCUUUGUCCAGGGAAGAAUUCUAUAGAGAGCAACGACGACUAAAAGAAGAGUCUAAAUCUCCCUAUAGUGGUUCAUCAUAUUCAAGAAGUUCAUAUACUUAUUCUAAAUCAAGAUCUGGUUCAACACGUUCACGUUCUUAUUCUCGAUCAUUUAGCCGCUCACACUCUCGUUCCUAUUCACGAUCACCUCCGUAUCCCAGAAGAGGCAGAGGCAAGAGUCGAAAUUACCGUUCACGGUCUAGAUCUCAUGGAUAUCAUCGAUCUAGGUCAAGGUCACCCCCAUAUAGACGAUACCAUUCACGAUCAAGAUCUCCUCAAGCAUUUAGGGGACAAUCUCCCAAUAAACGUAAUGUACCUCAAGGGGAAACAGAACGUGAAUAUUUUAAUAGAUACAGAGAAGUUCCACCGCCUUAUGACAUGAAAGCUUAUUAUGGGAGAAGUGUUGACUUUAGAGACCCAUUUGAAAAAGAGCGUUAUCGAGAAUGGGAGAGAAAAUACAGAGAGUGGUAUGAAAAAUAUUAUAAAGGUUUUGCUACUGGAGCACAGCCUAGACCAUCAGCAAAUAGAGAGAACUUUUCUCCAGAGAGAUUUUUACCGCUUAAUAUCAGGAAUUCUCCCUUCACAAGAGGCCGCAGAGAAGAUUAUUCUGGUGGACAAAGUCAUAGAAGUCGAAACAUAGGUGGUAACUAUCCAGAAAAGCUUUCAACAAGAGACAGUCACAAUCAGAAGGAUAAUACAAAGUCAAAAGAGAAGGAGAGUGAAAAUGCUCCAGGAGAUGGUAAAGGAAAUAAACAUAAGAAACAUAGAAAAAGAAGAAAGGGGGAAGAAAGUGAAGGCUUUCUGAACCCAGAGUUAUUAGAAACUUCUAGGAAAUCAAGAGAACCUACAAGCGGUGAAGAAAGUAAAACAGACUCAUUGUUUGUUCUCCCAAGUAGAGAUGAUGCUACACCUGUUAGAGAUGAACCAAUGGAUGCAGAAUCCAUCACUUUUAAGUCAGUGUCUGAAAAAGACAAGAGAGAAAAAGAUAAACCAAAAGCAAAAGGUGACAAGACCAAACGGAAAAAUGAUGGAUCUGCUGUGUCCAAAAAAGAAAAUGUCGUAAAACCUACUAAAGGACCCCCAGAAAAACUAGAUGGAGAGCGUGAAAAAUCUCCUCGAUCUGAACCUCCGCUUAAAAAAGCCAAAGAGGAGACUCCAAAGACUGACAGUGGUAAAUCAUCAUCUUCCUCUCAAAAAGAUGAAAAGGUCAUUGGUACCCCCAGAAAAGCUCACUCGAAGUCAGCAAAAGAACACCAAGAGACAAAACCAGUCAAAGAGGAAAAAGUGAAGAAGGACUAUUCCAAAGACGUCAAAUCAGAAAAGCUAACUAGUAAGGAAGAAAAGGCCAAGAAGCCUAAUGAGAAAAGUAAGCCACUUGAUAGCAAGGGAGAAAAAAGAAAACGAAAAACUGAAGAAAAAGGUGUAGAUAAAGAUUUUGAAUCAUCUUCAAUGAAAAUCUCUAAAGUAGAAGUAAGUGAAGUGGUGAAACCAUCACCAAAGCGCAAAAUGGAACCUGAUAUUGAAAAGAUGGAUAGGACCCCUGAAAAAGACAAGAUUUCAUCAUCAGCUGCCCCAGCCAAAAAAAUCAAGCUCAACAGAGAAACUGGUAAAAAACUUGGAAGUACAGAAAAUAUAUCUAACACAAAAGAACCCUCUGAAAAAUUGGAGUCAACAUCUAGCAAAGUGAAGCAAGAAAAAGUCAAAGGAAAGGUCAGACGAAAAGUAACUGGAACUGAAGGAUCCAGCUCCACUCUUGUGGAUUAUACCAGUACAAGCUCAACAGGAGGCAGUCCUGUGCGGAAAUCUGAAGAAAAAACAGAUACAAAGCGAACUGUCGUUAAAACUAUGGAAGAAUAUAAUAAUGACAAUACAGCUCCUGCUGAAGAUGUUAUUAUUAUGAUUCAGGUUCCUCAAUCCAAAUGGGAUAAAGAUGACUUUGAAUCUGAAGAAGAAGAUGUUAAAUCCACGCAGCCUAUAUCAAGUGUAGGAAAACCUACCAGUGUUAUAAAAAAUGUCAGCACUAAACCAUCAAAUACGGUCAAGUAUACUGAAAAAGAAAGUGAGCCAUCAGAGAAAAUUCAGAAACUCACCAAGGAAGUGAGCCAUGAAAUUAUACAGCAUGAGGUCAAAAGUUCAAAAAACUCUGCAUCUAGUGAAAAAGGGAAAACCAAAGAUAGAGAUCAUUCACUGUUGGAAAAGGAAAACCCUGAAAAGAGGAAGAACAGCACUCAGCCAGAGAAAGAUAGUAAUUUGGACCGUUUGAAUGAACAAGGAAAUUUUAAAAGUCUGUCUCAGUCUUCCAAAGAGACCAGAACUUCAGAUAAGCAUGAUUCCACUCGAGGUUCCUCAAAUAAAGACUUCACUCCCAAUAGAGACAAAAAAAAUGACUAUGACAACAGAGAGUAUUCAAGUUCCAAACGUAGAGAUGAAAGAAAUGAAUUAAUAAGAAGAAAAGACUCUCCUUCUGGGAGUAAAGAUUCUGCACUAGGACAGAAAACUAAGCCAAGGGAGGAGAGAGAUUUGCCUAAAAAAGGAACGGGAGAUUCCAAAAAAAGUAGUUCUAGUCCCCCAAGAGACAAAAAACCACCUCAAGAUCACAAAGCCGUUUAUGAUACUAAACGCUCAAGUGAAGAGACAAAAUCUGUGGAUAAAAAUCCUUGUAAGGAUCGUGAGAAACAUAUAUUAGAAACAAGGAACAAUAAAGAGUCAAAUGGCAGUAAAUUACUUUAUAUACUUAACCCACCAGACCCACAGAUUGAAAAAGAGCAAGUUGCUGGGCAGAUUGACAAGAAUACUAUCAAGCCUAAACCCCAGUUAAGUCACUCCUCUCGACUUUCUUCUGAUUUGACUAGAGAAACGGAUGAAGCUGCUUUUGAACCAGACUAUAAUGAAAGUGACAGUGAAAGCAAUGUAUCUGUAAAAGAGGAGGACACUUCAGGAAAAAUUUCUAAGGAACUGAAAGAUAAAGUAAUGGAGAAAACAAAAGAGAGCGUGGACACUGCCGCAGCAGUCAGCCAAGUAGGCAUAAACAGGAGCCAGAGUCAAAGUAGUCCCAGUGUUAGCCCAAGUAGAAGUCAUAGCCCUUCUGGAAGCCAAACUCGAAGCCACAGUAGCAGUGCCAGCUCUGCAGAAAGUCAGGACAGCAAGAAGAAGAAGAAGAAGAAGGAAAAGAAAAAACACAAGAAACAUAAAAAACAUAAGAAGCAUAAGAAGCAUGCAGGCACUGAAGCAGAAUUGGAAAAAAGCCAAAAACACAAACACAAGAAAAAGAAGUCAAAGAAGAACAAAGAUAAAGAAAAAGAGAAGGAGAAAGAUGACCAAAAAGUGAAAUCUGUCCCUGUGUAAAAGGACAGAUUUUAAAAAUUGACUUAAUUACUAAGUCAUCUGUAUUAAAUUUUGUUAUAAUGUAAAGAGAUUCAAGCCUUGUAAAUAAUGAUAUGGAAGACCCGUGCUGCACUUAAAAUAUUGCUGCUUGAUUAUUUGAUUUUUACAUCAGAGCUUUAUAACACGAACUUUUGUACAGAAUUGUGAGUUGUGACCAUGUAACAUGAGAGGUUUUGCUAGGGCCUAUUAUUUUUAACCACCAUGAAUUAGUUGGGGUGGAGUUUACUGUACUGUGAAAUUUUCACAUUUGAAUUUUUUUAAUUGCCUGGCAAAAGCUGGUAUCAGUUCUAAAAUAUCAGCAGAAUGAUUUGCUGAAUUCAUUACAACCCCGUUAUGUCACUUUUUGAUUACAAUAAAAGUUUUCAGUAAACUUUUCAAA